UUCUGUCUCUGAUAUACCAACAGAGAGCAUUUUAAAAACUUAUACAUUUUGAAUAUUGAAAAUUUCACUAAAAUGCUUUCAAAACACCGUCUGUAGGAAUAGAUAAAAUGGGUAACUUUAUUUAGAGUUAUGGAUGCAUCCUGCGGUACUUUAUUUGCUGGGGAAGAUGUUGAAACCGACUGCUUGACAUUUGUGGAGGAAAUUCCACGAAAGGAAGUGGAACAAAUUGAGAUAGUUGGCCGUGGGGCUUUUGGUGUUGUUCACAAGGCAAAAUGGCGUGGAAAAAUUGUAGCAGCAAAGACACUUGAGGCUGACAAUGAACAGAAGGCAUUUACAAUUGAGGCCCAGCAGAUGUCAAGGGUAAAGCAUCAGAAUAUCAUCAAGCUAUAUGGAGUAGUUCAUAAUCCGAUAUGCCUUAUUAUGGAGUUUGCUGAGGGAGGAUCUCUAUAUAAUUUGUUACAUGGCUGGGAAAAUUGCAUAGCCUGUCCAGAGUAUACGGCUGCUCAUGCUAUUAGCUGGGCACUGCAGUGUGCCAAGGGUGUUGAGUACUUACAUGGAACUAAACCAAAGUCCAUCAUCCAUCGAGAUCUGAAGCCUCCAAAUUUGCUGUUGGAUAGCACACAUACACUUUUAAAAAUUGGUGAUUUUGGCACAGCAUGUGAUAUGCAAACUUAUAUGACCAACAAUAAGGGAAGUGCAGCCUGGAUGGCACCUGAAGUGUUUGAAGGUGACAAAUAUACUGAGAAGAUUGAUGUUUAUAGUUUUGGGGUUAUAAUAUGGCAAAUGGCGUCACGGCGUAAGCCUUAUGAUGAUAUAGGUGGCCCAGCUUUGAGGGUUAUGUGGGCAGUUCACCAAGGUAGACGACCUUCCCCGAUCCAGGGAAUACCUAAACCACUUGAAACGCUAAUGACGCGAUGUUGGGACAAAGAACCCAUUAAACGACCGUCGUUUUCAAAAAUCGUUCCUUUUCUGCAGCAUUUAAUGCAGUUUUUUCACGGUCACGACAAACCAAUUGUUUUUCCCGCCAAAGAAGCAGCCGGCGACCACGAAUCGCCUUCAGAGGAUACUCAAUAUCUCAGUAGCUUGGAAACUCAAUCAGAUCCCAUAAUUCGGAGUGAACGUCCGUUCGACGAUGCCAACGCGUCAUCUAGCAAUGCCGAGAUAUCCAAGAGCGAUUCUUGCGUUGGUGGAAUUACUUUUGAGGCCUUUAUGCCUGAAAAUGUUAAUGAGUCUAACUUAAUCGAUGGCUCAAACAAGGAAUUUGAGAUUUGCGAGCCUGAAAAAGCUAAUGAUCUUCAUGCUCCUAACAUGGGGUAUGAAAAUAGUGCUUUCACUAAAGUACUCCCAAGCAAGCAGCCUCUUGCCACAAACGAGGUGAGGGAAGUGCUCGAAGUGGAAGAAUCACCUUUACUUAUUACUGCAGAAGAAGGUGCUGAGGGGCUGCUACCAACGGAUGUUCCUGACCCAAGUUGUUUUGAGGAUAAUACCGGAAACACUGACUUGUCUGAAGAAGAUAUUUUACAGAGUUCUGAAUUGGAAGAACAAGAAGAAAUUUUGAAUAACACGGAUACAAUAGACGUUCCUCUGUCAAAUACCCAUGGAAGCACGUCGCCAGUGUCCGGCAAUAUUCCUCCUCAUAACACGCCUGUGAUUGGCUCCAAUAAAGGAGAAGUUAAUCUCUUGGACGUACGGCUGGCUCUUACGCAAGUUUUCAACAAUGAGCAAGGAGACGAACAACCACAUAUGGACAAUAGUCAUGAUUUCCGCAGGUCAGUCUCAGCUGAUGUUUACCACGAGAAGGACAAGGAACAUGGGUCGAGAUUACGACAUAAUUCAGAUGUUACCUUACCGUCUUUUCGUGGCGAUAUGAUGUACGUCGAUGAUUUAGAUUUUAAUUUGCAGCCAAUACCCCCAAUUCCGGAAAGUCAAGAGUCUUUGGAUUUAUUCGAACAACAUGUCCAGCUGGCGCAAGAUUUGGUAGAGCUGCGAAGAGAAAUAGACCGACAGUUACAAAGAAGGACUGAAUUGGAUCGUGAAUUGGAAAAAUAUGAAAAUGAACAACGAUCGACAGGAAAGAAUGUUGAAGCGUUCUCCCUUUUGACGAGCGAACAGACGUCUCUUAAACUUCUUCGUGAUAACCUCGAAAAUGAAUUGAAGCAGAAGAUGCAGGUCAUGCAACCAUACAAAAAUGUUUUCCCCGCAUUUGACCGGGACACAUGAAUUGGUGCGGAUACCAUGGCAGACACACUGAUACAAUUGAAUGCGUCCAAGUUUGUAAAUAAUCGGGUCAAUCUCUUAAAAGUUGUAUUCAUUGUACGUCUGGAAACUACGUUUUUCAUCAAACGCAAGACUUUGUUUCUCGUACGUAUAUAUACGUACAUAUUUCUCGGCUUUUGGCGGUCCAAACCAUAUGUCCAAACUGAACCAAUGGAUCAUUGCAUAGUCGUCCAAAACUGGUUUACAGACACGAGUUUAUAAUUUGAAACCGAGAAUUGUAAUCUCGUGGUUUUCAUAACGUAGCGUAGUUUUCAUAACGUGUGAACUUUUUUGCGCCACCCUCGGUUGUUUUUAUAUCGUACAGCAACUUAAAUUCAGGCUAGCUGCAAGUAGAUGCACUUAAAGUAGAUCUAAUUGGGAUUGUGCAAGAUUUUAGUAGGUGUUACUAGAAAUCGACUAAAAUAGCUACAUUUGGGGUUCACUGGCUGUUUUGUAUUUGGUACCAUAAAAAACGCAUUUAUGACUAUGACUAUAUAAUUAUGUACUUUCGACUUUUCUUAUUAUUUAAUUUAUUUGCCCUGCGCAGGAUACGAGUCUAGACAUAAUCAAGCAUUUAGGGCUGAUUUGAACUUGAUUCAUUGACAUUGAUUAAAAUGCUUAAUGAAGCCAUAUAUCAAUACGAUCAACGAAUGCCAGGAAUUAGUGAUUGUGAUUUGUACC